AUGUCUUCAGCCCAACCCUCUUCUGCCGACCUACAAGCCUACUCUGAGAAAUUACAAGCCUUUUACCAUAACUUACCGGACCUUCCUGAGGAUCAACCGGAUAAAAUCGAAACCGAAGCACUCGAACAAGACGUCAAGAAACUUGACGUGAAAGAACCGACGCUCGAAGACAAGGUCAACGCUUAUUACCACCCAGUUGAGCAAGGUGUCGCUGGCAGCCUCACCGACAAGAUCGCAAAGGAGUCAUCCGACUCGACCGCAUCCUCGCACGCGAACCAUGCCGAUAUCCAGGCUCACAACUCAAAGGGCCCUGUCAUUCCAGACAACAUGCCCAAGGCUGAGAGCAAGGAGGACCUCAAGAAGAGGGCUGAGGAGUUGAACAAAUAG